UGUGAUUCAUAUUAUUCCGAUUCAUAUGUUACCCGAAAGUCGUCGACAUAAAGAAGUCCGGGACAAUGCAUCCAAUGUUAUUGAUUCCGCGCAAGAUAAACCUGAAAUGAAAUGUUUGGAUCGUGAACUCAGAAAAUCAUUGGUCGACAGUAGAUUCUACUUUCUCUUUGAAAAAAUUUCUCUGCACUUUAAGAUUGAUAAGAGCUAUGUUUUGGAAUGUAUACUAGAUGGUGAACAAGUAUAUUUAAUAACAUCUUUCUUCAAUCCCGAAGGUAUGAAAGCUUUAUUUAUUAGUCUUAAGUCUGAAAAAUCAGAUGUUAAUGAAAGGAUUGGUGUUUUCUCGCGUUCAUUGGUCCCAGCUAGACCACGUGUUGUUGUUUCUACAGUGGCUGAUGCAUAUGCACUCGGUUCGUGUGCUGUCUUCACAAAAGUCAAUGCAGAACUUCAAAUAACAGCUGAGAACAUUUCAAAAUAUUCAACACGAAAGUUCCAAACAGAAUGAAGCAGAAUUCAUGUUGAACCAGAACGGAACUAAAGGGGCUGAAAUACAUAUUAAGUGGAUUCGAGAGAGAUUUUAUAACUGGCGGCUUUCCUUUUUUUAUUCGAAUAUUUAUUUCCUGUCUCUGUUCUUUGAAAUAUAUUUGGUUAUAACUAAAUACUGUUGAAUUUUAUCGUUACUCGAACUUCAUAUUAGGUAAAUAUGCCAUUUAAAGGGUAAUUAUAUAUUUUCUGUUCGUAG